CCUCCCCCAAAACCUCGUUUCCUCAGUCGCAAGACUCUUGAUCUAAAGCCCUCCCAGACAACUUUCCAAGGGAAAAUGGUGAAUGACACAACCCUGCCAGUCACAUUGACUGAGUGGAAGCUGUACCGAGCAGUAGAGGCUGCUAGCAGGAGAAGGAGCUUGCCCUGGCUGGUACUAAAAAUACAGGAGAUCUUUGAUUCUAAGCGUGGAAAGAAGAGGGUGAAGUUGCUUGGUCCUGCUGGGAGAGAAGCACCUCCAAUGAAAGGUGAAACCAGUGGGAAUGAAAGUGAUAUGGAAAAUCAGCCAAAAAGUCGACACAGGUGCCUGCUGCAGGUGCAGUCAGCCUCCAAGAGGAACCCACACUACCAGACUUUGGAGAAGGAUUUGAUAGAGCUUCAGGAGCAGCAGCUAUUUGAGCUGUUUGUGGUGGUGUCGCUGCACAAGAAGGCAUCUGACAUGACAUACACACCACAGAUCAUACAGCAGUUUCCCAGCAAGCCUGAACAUCCCUUCAGACAGUCAAAGGAUACUGAAGAGAGGCUAAAGGUCAUUCCCAAAUUCUGCUUUCCAGAUCCCAAAGACUGGUUUCCUGCAUCAGACCUUAAAAGUGAAACAUUUUCUUUUGUGUUGACGGGUGAGGAUGGCAGCCGCUGGUUUGGGUACUGCAAGAAGCUCCUGCCAGAAGGGAAAGGGAAGCGCCUUCCUGAGGUGUACUGCAUCGUUAGCCGCCUGGGCUGCUUCAAUCUCUUCUCCAAGAUUUUAGAUGAAGUGGAGAAGAGGCGAGAGAUGUCCCCAGCCCUAGUACACCCAUUUAUGCGUAGUGUAAUGGAGGCGCCUUUCCCUGCUCCUGGACGGACAAUUACUGUGAGGAGUUUCCUGCCCGGAGCAGGAAAUGAGGUGAUGGAACUGUGCCGUCCAUUGGAUUCUCGACUUGAACAUGUUGACUUCGAAUGCUUGUUUAAGUGUCUAAGUGUCUCUCACACGAUUCGGGUCUUUGCCUCUCUCCUGCUGGAAAGGAGGGUGAUCUUUGUUGCUGACAACUUAAGCACUCUGUCUAAAUGUGGCCAUGCUGCAGUUGCAACGCUUUAUCCCUUCACUUGGCAACACACCUACAUACCAGUCCUACCAACUUCUAUGAUUGAUAUUGCGUGCUCUCCGACUCCAUUCUUAAUUGGCAUUCUCUCCUGCUCAUUACCACAGCUCCAGGACCUGCCCAUAGAGGAGGUUCUGAUUGUUGAUCUUUGUGCUGACAAGUUCUUGCAAGAGGUAUCAGAUGAAGAUGAGAUCCUGCCUCAUAAGCUCCAGGCUGCGCUUGUACAAAUCUUGGAAGAACGAAGUGAAAUCAUGUUACAUGAGCAGAGCGACACACAAGGUGACAUGCCUCUUAACUCCCUGGUCUCUGAAGCUUUUGUGCAGUUUUUUGUGGAGAUCGUUGGGCACUACUCCCUGCACAUGAAUGUCACAGAAAAAGGGGAGUGGGUAUUUCAGCGAGAGGUGUUCCGUAAAUCUCAUGCGUCACGCAAUGUACGUCAUUUCUUGCACUUCUUCAUGGAAACGCAGAUGUUUGCAGGGUUCAUACAGGAUCGAGAGCUAAGAAAGAACGUGGUCAAAGGCCUUUUUGAGGUCCGUGCCUUGGAGUAUUUGGAGAGUAUUCCAGAGACAGAACCAACUGGAAUGAACAAAAUCCUUCGAAGUCUUGGAAGUAAAAUGAAAUUUCUUCAGAAGAAAUGA